UCGCAAACAUCCUAAUCUCUUUUGCUUUAUGUUUGAUUUUAAACCUAUGAAUUACUGGUUUGGCUUCUUUGUUUACUUCAUUUCUAUAUCCACUGCAAAGUCUCUGUAUGGUUCCAUGUGGAAGAAUUUGCAAAAUAAGCUGUGUAAAUUGCAUUCUUAAUUAACCACAAUUAACUAACACUUCACUUUUUUGGUUUCUCUCUCUGUGUCAACCCUCUCUAAAAGCUUAUCAUUCACAGAGAUUCAGAUCGAUCUCAGUGAUUUCAUCUCAGAGCGGUUUCGAUUUCGAAGCUCCAAAACACCAUCUGCACCAUCGUCUACUAAGAACCAGGAUUGGCUCAUGGUCUGGGCUGUGAUGUGGAUGCUUUUCAAUAUGAUCAAGUUUCGUAAGCCUUGCACGACUUGAGAUAACAUGAUGGUAGCAAAGCAAAGCAACAACUUUGAUCCUCGUGCUGCUGCUGCUAAUUUCCCUUCAGGUGUGCAAGCAUAUUUGGCUGGGCUUACAUUCGCAUUAGCCGUUUCACCUUGCAGCACUGCUGUGCUGGCAACCCUGCUUGGAUAUGUAGCUGCAUCCAAGGGUGAUGCUUGAUGGUGGUAGACUCUCCAUUAGCAGGGCCUUGAAGAUAAAGCUUGGCGAACAAAGCAAAGUAGUGUUCAACUUCUUGGUGCUAUGGCUUACUGCGCUCCACAGCAACUUUCUCAAUGCCUUCCUAAGAUUGUGCCAAAAUUGACAGAGGUGCUAACAGACACCCAUCCUAAAGUUCAGUCAGCGGGGCAAACAGCCCUUCAGCAGGUUGGGAAUGUGAUUAAAAAUCCAGAAAUUGCUGCUCUUGUCCCAACACUUCUAAUGGGCCUUACAGACCCCAAUGACUACACGAAGCAUUCCCUUGAUAUUCUUCUCCAAACAACAUUUAUCAAUUCGAUUGAUGCUCCUUCACUCGCACUGUUGGUACCAAUAGUUCAUAGAGGGCUAAGAGAGAGGAGUGCUGAAACUAAAAAGAAAGCUGCCCAGAUAGUUGGAAACAUGUGCUCUUGAGUGACUGAACCGAAGGAUAUGAUUCCUUACAUAGGUUUACUCCUUCCUGAAGUAAAAAAGGUUCUUGUGGAUCCAAUCCCUGAAGUUCGGUCUGUUGCUGCAAGGGCCCUUGGUUCUCUCAUAAGAGGAAUGGGAGAAGAAAACUUCCCAGAUCUUGUUUCAUGGUUGUUAGAGACACUCAAGUCUGAUGGUAGUAACGUUGAACGCUCUGGAGCUGCUCAAGGACUAAGUGAGAUUUUGGCUGCACUAGGAAAGGAUUAUUUUGAGCAGAUACUUCCUGAUAUCAUUCGGAACUGUUCUCAUCAAAAAGCAUCCGUGCGUGAUGGUUAUUUGACACUUUUCAAGUAUUUCCCAAGGUCAUUAGGUGUCCAAUUCCAGAACUAUUUGCAGCAGGUGUUGCCUGCAAUCCUAGAUGGCCUUGCUGAUGAGAAUGAAUCUGUUCGUGAAGCUGCACUUAGUGCUGGGCAUGUUCUGGUUGAGCAUUAUGCAACAACUCAGGCCCUAAUAUUUGUGACACGUUCUAGGAGUUGGUCUUUCGUUGAACGUCCUGGCCUUUUGCUAGUGGUGGCUUUUGUUGUUGCUCAGUUGGUAAGUGAACUGCUAUUUUCUAUUCUUUUCUUUAUUUUUUCCAGGCAAGUGCAUCCUAAGUCCUAGUUACUUGAAGAAUGACCUUUAGAAUAAACUUUCCGUUUGUGUGAGCAGGUUGCUACACUGACAAUAGAGGAUUGAUUUCAAUUCCUUUUUGUGAAAUCAAGAGAUUAGUUGGCUGAUGUUUUCAAUGAAGGUUUUUGUAGUAGGAUUUUUUACCAUUGUUUAUGCUUAGUGUUGGUUAGUAGUAGUUUGAGGCAUAAUUGUGUACUUUGGAUCACUUCAAUAUAAAUGCUUUUGUUUAUGGUAGGGAACCUUAAUUUUGGGUCUCUUAUUAGCCAUGUUUACAUUUACCAUUGUGAUUCCCCCUUACUUAUUUUGCAUCCCUUUUUUAUUUCCAUUGAUUUUGUGGCUUGAUUUUCAUUGUUGUUGGUUCUGUUUCAGUAACCUAUGGAGGACUACAUCUGAAGAAAAGAGAGAGUUGGAGCGUCUGGAAAAACCCAUAUAUAAUUCUGUUAGUUGAGCUGCAGAAGUUCAUCAUCAGGUUCGAAAAUACAUCAAAGGUAUUUUGAAGCCUGGGAUGUUAAUGAUUGACUUAUGUGAAACCCUGGAGAAUACCGUCCGUAAGGUGAUAUGGGAGAAUAGUCUACAAGCAGGCAUUGCGUUCCCUACAGGGUGCUCUUUGAAUUGGUAAACAUUUAGUCUGGCAUAUGAAGAUCUUUCCGGGUUCAUUUUUUAUUUUUAUUUUUGCAAUUUUUUUAGAAAGAAUGGUGUUUUGCUAAGUAUUGGGUACGAAUUCUUCAAUUUGUGUUUAUUUUGGUGAAUCUUAUUACAGUUUAUGUUAUGAUGUAAGCAUGUAGACCAAUGAAGACUACAACUUUAAUG